AUGCUUUUAAAGAAUAUAAUAUUAAUAACAUGUUUAACUUUGGGGGUUAAUAGUCUUGUUAUAAAGCAAUCCCAAUUCGAGCUUACGGGAGCAGCGUUAAAAUUGACUAUUCAGGGAUUAAGGGAUACUAAACGUCGAUUAGAGUCUGAGCUCAAAUUAUUAAUGGAUCCUUUGAAAAAUGAGAGAAGCGGGUCAAAUGAAAAACAACAUCCACUAUCACAAAAUCAAGAUGAAUUACUUAUUCUUGCCAAAGAUUUACUCAACUCCAAAAUCUUCCAAAAAAUCGGGUUUCAAAAGUUGGUUGACGAUGGUUAUUUCUACAAUUUUUCAAUUGGAAAAGAUUUGAUUCAUAAUAAUUUAUUAAUUCCAAAAGAAAGUAAGAAUUUGUUCCUUUUCAAUACCAGUGAUCCCUUAAGUAUUCCCAAAAAGCUAAAGAAUAAUUUUGCCAAUUUUAUUGAUAAAUCACCACCAUUUAGUUUACCUUCUUAUUUAAGUUUAAUUGAUUAUUAUUUAGUUAUUCCAAAGUCUUACCUUGAAAAGCAUUUAGAUGACUACAAUCAAUUAGAUUUCAAUUCCAUAUAUUCCAAAACUAUAUUAAAGAUUGAAACGGAGAAAUUGCCUCUCUUUAGAAAGUGUAUUAAUGAAGGAAAACCAUUAUUGGUUUUUAUGUUUAAUGGUGCCGCUAGUAAUGAAGGAUUAAACACUAUUAUGAAUAUUAGGAAUUAUUUACCAAUAAAUGGUCAGUUGACUAGUUUUUCAACAUUUUUUGAUACUUUUGCUCGAGAAUGGAUAACAGCAGUAAACUAUGAAAGUUUGAUUAAAUCUGUAUUCUGUACUACUAAUGUUGAGUCAUUGGAUGAAAGUUACUGUUUAAAGAUUAAAGACAAUAAAACUUUGCAUGUAUUUCCAGCCUUUUAUGAUAUUAGUAAAUUCAUCACUCUUAAGAAGAGAGAAGUUGAAACUACAGAAGGUCUGAAUACUGAAGUUGAAAGUCAAGCUAUUAGACAAAUACAUAAUAGGUUAUCAAAUGUUGCUCAUCAUGUGAAUGAUGUUACUUAUGAAUUAUCAAAUGAUCCUAAGCCAGUAUUUGAACGACUUGAUGAAAGGAUUGAUAAUAAGUUAGACUUAGCCGUUGAUAAGAUUGAUGAGAUUCCAUAUAAGUUAAAAGAUAAAAAGAAUUUGCUUAAGGGGAAAUUAGAAUCAAAAAAGGAUAAUCUAAAGGAUGAAUUAGAUUUAACAAAAAUGGUAUUAGAAAUUGAACAUGAACAUGAAGAACUUCAUAAAUAUGCUAAUGAUCCUAAUAAUGAAUAUAUCAGUAAAAGAAGUACCUUUUUCCAAAUUGAACAAGAUAAUUUAAAACAUAAGCAUAUUGAAGGAGGAUUUGUAUUACCAUUAUCAUUAAUUAGACUUCAGGAGAGAAUUAUAACCUCACCAAGAAGUAAAAGAUUUAGUCAAGUAAUAUUUGAUAUUCAAGAUGAUCCAAUUAAUGAUACUAAAGUAAAUGCAACACAAGGUUCAAGUUUAAAGAGGACAUUUGAUAAAAGAGAUUCAAUCUAUAGUGAUGAUGAAGAUUGUCAAAAGAUUACCUGGUAUAAUAUUUUCCAUUAUAGUAUAUUUGGAAAGCCCAAAUUCUGUCAUAAUCAAUAA